AUGGAUAUAUUAAAUAUAAAAAAAAAAAUAAAAAAUGAAUUACUUUCAAUUUUUUUUUAUGAAAAAAUUGAAUACUAUGAAACAUGCAACAUAGUAGUUCAAAUAGAAGAUUUAGAAUAUUCAAAAAAUAAAAGAGUAAAAUCAGUACUAUUUAUUGACGUUACCUCCAAAGAAACAAUAAGAAAAAAAUCAAUAAUAAUCAUUAACUAUUUACAAUACAUUACAAAUGGAAAUAACUGUAAACUCUUUAUAGAGAGUUUUUCAGAACUAGCUUUAUUGGAUACAUCAAUCAGUUUACACUUAAUACCCCACCCUUGUUUAAAAUAUAAAAAAAUAGUUGAUAAUAAGGAAAUUUUUGAUCAAGAAGAUUACAAAACAUCUACAAAAGCAGAUUAUUUAAAAAGAAAGAAUAUUGAUGACAUUUUAAAUAAUAUUAACAAUAAAAAGAAAAUUAAAACAACCAAUGAUGAUAUGGAAAAAAUAGAUAAUAAUUGUAAUAAUAAUAUUAGUAACAAUAAUGACAAAAAUAACAGCACUAUCGAAAUAAUCAAAGAAACCAAACCUUUUAAAUUAAUUAUAAAAAACAACCAAAGCACCAAACCAAUUACAAAAUAUUUAUUUAAAGGUUACAAUGAAUUAUAUAAUCAGCUUUUAUUAUAUCAAAAAGGAGAUACUAGCCUAAUUAAUUUAUUUUCCAAAUUAUUAUUAAACUUUCUCAAAUAUGUAGAUAGUAGUUUAAUAAAUCAAAAAAUUGAUAAUUAUUUAAUUAGCAAUAACAACAAUAAUAAAAUUUUCAAAUUAUUAUCAAUUUAUAUAUUUUCACAUUUAAAUUAUUUUGUUAAAAAAACUAAUUCAGAUAUUAAAGAUAUAAAAAAAAUUUAUGAAUCAGUUUUAAUAAAAAUUAAUAAUAGGGAACAUAUUAAAUCAAUCCAUUCGUUUUAUAAAAGAAUCAAUAACAAAAAUAAAUAUUAUUCAAUAAAUAGUGACAUUAGUGAUUAUUUAAAGUUUAUAGAUUACAGUGUUGAAAUAGAAAUAAGAAAAAAUAAUUUUUAUAAUUACCAGCUCCAAUAUUCAACAAAACCAAUUUUAAAAGAAAACAAUAAAAAUACAAAAACUAUAAACAACUGUUUUAAAAAUAUAAAAAACAAUAUCAACAAUAAUAAUACUUAUAAUAAUAAUAAAUACCCAUACAAUAGUGAGAAUCUCGUCAAAGUUUAUGACCAAGAGGUGUUCACUUAUAACUUUUAUUUAAAACCAGAUUUAUAUUGCAACAAAAACAUAUUCAAAAGUGAUUUUGGAAACAACCCAGAAGAAUUCAAAUAUAAAUGUAUUUAUUUAAAUGAAAAUAUAUUCUAUGAGCCACCUCAAAAUGGUAACUAUUCAAUCUCUCCAUCUUUAGAGUUGUUCAAGUUGUGUUUUAGUGUCUUUAGCAGCGGUUUAUUUAAAAACUUUGACUGGGGUGAAGAAUCGGAUGAAACUAGAGUAAUAAUUUCAGGUGGCUCUAUUUCUGCAUGUCUUGAUACGCUCCCAAUCUCAAUUAAAAAAGAAUUCGUCAAUUAUAAAACAAUCGAAAGAUAUUUAUACAAAUCAAAAAUGCCUGUGUUGUUAGUUAGAAAAUUUAUGGAAUUGGUUUUUGAAAGCUCCCUUUUAAAAGAAUUACUUUUCGAGAGAUUCUUUGGUAAAAGUUCACCUAACCAUGAAAGCGAUAUUGAUGUUUGGUUUAUUAGCCAAGAUUUAAAUAGUGCCAAAAAGAAACUUUUCCAAGCUAUUGAAAUUAUUAAAUCAAAUUUUAGAGAAGCCAACCCACUUUUUGAAAAUUCAUUUACAUUUGUUCGUUCGCCAAAUGCAAUAACAUUCAUCGGAACGUACCCAUUUAGAAAAAUUCAAUUUAUAAUCAAAAUAUACAAAUCUGUUGAUCAUUUAUUUUCCACAUUCGAUAUGGAUUGUGUCAAAGUGUUUUAUGAUGGGUCCAAUGUGUUUAUGAAUAAAGAAUCUAUAGAUUCAUACAAUAAAAG